GUCCUUCGGGAGAGUGGAUGGAGGAGCUCACCGAGAAGCCCCAACAUGUGAGUGUCCAUGUUUUAAGCUCAACCACCGCCUUGAUGUCCUGGACGUCCUCCCAAGAGAACUACAACGGCACCAUUGUGUCUGUGGUGUCCCUCACCUGCCAGAAACAAAAGGAGAGCCAGAGGCUAGAAAAACAGUACUGCACGCAGGUGAACUCAAGCAAACCUAUUAUUGAAAAUCUGGUUCCUGGUGCCCAAUACCAGGUUGUGAUGUACCUAAGGAAAGGCCCUUUGAUUGGACCACCUUCAGAUCCUGUGACAUUUGCCAUUGUACCAACUGGAAUAAAGGAUUUAAUGCUCUACCCAUUGGGCCCCACAGCAUUGGUUUUGAGCUGGACCAGACCGUACUUAGGAGUGUUCAGAAAGUAUGUGGUUGAAAUGUUUUAUUUCAACCCUGCAACAAUGACAUCGGAGUGGACAACCUACUAUGAAAUAGCAGCGACCACCUCCUUAACUGCAUCUGUGCGAAUAGCUAAUCUGUUGCCAGCGUGGUACUACAACUUCCGAGUGACCAUGGUGACCUGGGGAGACCCAGAAUUGAGCUGUUGUGACAGUUCCACCAUCAGCUUCAUAACGGCCCCAGUUGCUCCAGAAAUCACUUCUGUGGAAUAUUUCAACAGUCUGUUAUAUAUCAGUUGGACAUAUGGGGAUGACACCACUGACCUCUCCCAUUCUCGAAUGCUGCAUUGGAUGGUUGUUGCAGAAGGAAAGAAGAAAAUUAAAAAGAGCGUAUGUUUCUUUGAAUCCCAGCGUAGGAGUAUAUUUGCUUUCCUAACCCUGCUACCUUCAUGUCUUUGGACUGAUUAUCUUUUGGCAUUUUAUAUUAAUCCUUGGAGUAAAAAUGGUUUAAAGAAGAGAAAACUGACUAACCCGGUUCAACUGGACGACUUUGACGCCUACAUCAGGGAUAUGGCCAAAGACUCUGACUAUAAAUUUUCUCUUCAAUUCGAGGAGUUGAAAUUGAUUGGACUGGAUAUUCCGCACUUUGCUGCAGACCUUCCACUGAACCGAUGUAAAAAUCGUUAUACAAACAUCCUACCAUAUGACUUUAGCCGAGUGCGAUUAAUCUCCAUGAAUGAAGAGGAAGGAGCAGACUACAUCAAUGCCAACUACAUUCCUGGAUACAACUCAUCCCAGGAGUAUAUCGCCACACAGGGGCCACUGCCUGAAACCAGAAAUGACUUCUGGAAGAUGGUCCUACAGCAGAAGUCUCAGAUUAUUGUCAUGCUCACUCAGUGCAAUGAGAAAAGGAGGGUGAAAUGUGACCAUUACUGGCCGUUCACGGAAGAGCCCAUCACUUACGGAGACAUCACCGUGGAGAUGAUCUCGGAGGAAGAGCAGGAUGACUGGGCCUGCAGACACUUCCGGAUCAUCUAU